UGUUACACUGGUACUGGACAGUCUUAUCGAGGGACUGUAAAAGAAUCUAGUAAUGGAACUCGAUGCUUGCAUUGGGCUAGUGAUGGCAAUCCAUACCAAUCAUUUUCUAAAUCGGAAGAAGUUACCUCAAAUUAUUGUCGUAAUCCUAAUAGUGUUCGAGAUAGACCUUGGUGCUAUACGUCU